AAGUGAAGAAAUGUUAUAUUUACAUCGGUAUCGUAAACAGUAGUUGAUGUUAAACAUUUAUUAAAAAAAUUUUUAUUUUAGUUAUAUUGACUGCAAAAAUAUUUCUCAUAUAUUUGACAUAAAAUACGGUGUUUUAAACUCCUUGAAAAUGGCGGCUAAAUUAUCUAAUAAUGUUUUGGAAAUGAAGUUUAUGAAAAAAACUAAAGAAAAGUGUGAAAAGGAAGCUGAAGAGGAAAGAAGAAAAAAUUUAUUUGAUAGUGAGAUACCAGAACAUUUAAUAAAAGGAGGUGAUUUGUGCAUAAUGGAACCGAGCUUUGUACCUUGUCUUCAGUUGCUGAAUGGUAGAUUCUCAUACAGGGGCAUGAACCCUGAAAUAGAGAAAUUAAUGGAGGAAAAUAAUUUGAAAAAUCUUGACAAGCUUAAGCAAAUGGAUGGAAUUUCUGCUAAAGAAAUGGCUGAUCGGUAUUCAACACUUGUGGACAGUAUGCAGAAAAAAUUUACUACUAAGCGAAAAUGGACUGAGCAAAAUAAGAAUAAAAAUGAAGAUGAAGAUGUUGUAAUUUGUUCAAGCUCUUACAAGACAAAUAACAAAAGAUUUAAGUUCAGAAAACCAAUUGAUACUUAAAUAAAGUACUUCACAUUUAAAUAUUUUACAUUGUUGUCUUACAUUGUUUUUCAUUUUUAUUACAUUUGUAAUGUUUGAUAUUUCAUACAUUAUCUAUUUGUUGUAUAAUAAAAAAAAAGAUCCUGUAAUAAAAAUUACCUAUAA